AUUUGUUGACCACCUUCACAUUUUAAAUAGGGUCAGUUUUUUUUGCAAGGGAAAAAAGAGGGUCCAAUAGCAAAACAUCGUUUCCAAUCUAAACUGCGGGUGAUCUGACAAUAUGCCGCUUCCUCCAAAAAUGAAAACAGACACGUGGAAAAUGUCAAAACGCGCAUGAAAAUCGUUUUCACCGCCGUCCCUUUCUCCCACCCGCGUUUUCCACAAUAAAGCUCUCCGACGCCUUCCCAACCACGAUGUUGCUUCUCUUCCACGCCAGAUCGGCCUUCGCUUCCAUUUCCCGUCCUUAUUAAACAACUAAUUAAUAAAUGACCGUUUAAUUUAUUAUUAAAUUAAAUCCACUGCUUUUAUAGUGUGGGUAAAAGUUUCAAAAGCUACUUUCAUUCCUUGACGCUGAAGCUUUUGUCAGGAGAGAAUAGACCAGGGACGGACAAAACUUUUUUGAGUUUGUCGAUUGCUCUCUGUUUGGAUCAAAUUCAAAUUCAAAUUAUAAUUCUAAAUUCCUCUCUCAAAUGAUAUAUUUUCUUUUUAUUCUUCUCCUUUCAAGAUCUUAGCGUAAAAAUGCAGCAACAAGAAGCUUCUCCAAGACCUCAAAGCUCCGCUUACCUCAACGCGCUCUCACAGGAAAUCGAGAAAAAGCUUCAGCGGGCAUUAGCAUCUUCAUCUCAGACACGCAACUUAUUACAAGAAUUAUUCGCCGAUAUAGCUUUGGAAGUCGAUGAUCGAGCCAAAGAUAUAAUUCUUAGUAGAGAAGAAGAUGCAAUAUCUCCUGCAGAGUACGGUAUUAAUGGUCGAUUAUGCUUUUAUGAUGUUCUUGCUGAUUAUUAUGCUCGAGUGCCCGAGAGUGGAAAGCCUAUCCUUCAUUUGAUUGUGCAACUGUGGAGCCAAUCAUUUGCAUCUCACAUUUUCACCCUUUUAUUCCAUAAAUGGUUAUUUGAAGUUCAACCGGAUAAUGCAGAUGUACUACUUCGUUAUUCCUCUGCGCUUGUUCAGGGUGCAACAAAUGUUUUCUGGAUGGAUAUACAAUCAAAUACAAGGCGUUUCCAGUCUCUCUUUCAGUAUCUCCUUGACGAAGUUGCAUUGGAGCUGACACGGUUAAAUAAAAUUCCAGUACAGGUCCAGCGAGAUCUUUACCUUUUACUUUCAAGGUUCAUAUUCUUUUACAACUCAGUUGAAAAACUUGAAAGCUUCUUAAAGCAGUGUCCUGCUUUUCCAAAUGCUUUCCUGAUUGGUGGACCAGCAGAUAUACUUGUUAUUGAACUAUCCGACCAGCUUCAAAAAUUAAAGGUGGAGCCAGUCCUACUGCAUUAUCUUUCGCAGAUUAAAGUUCUCCAGGGCAUGGAACUGAGAAUGGCCACAAGUACAAGGUUGAAGACCUGUUUAUAUAGCUUUACCUCUCCUGGUGGUCCAAUGUAUCCUACAAGGGCUGUCCGUCAUGCAGCUUGGGAUGCCUUAGAUUUCCUUUUUCCUGUUGGACGUUACCCUCGACAUCUUAUAAGCUUGUUCUUCAGACUGUUAUAUCCUUGGUACUGGCCAUCUUCAUGUUGGAACUUUGUAGUAUCUUGCAUAAAGGCUGUGUUCUAUUCCCUGUUGAUGUUGAUCUUUUCUUGGUGGGGGAAGCAUAGAGAGCCAAAAAGGGCCUAACCAGUGUGUCCAAAUUUCAAAGAAGGUGCUAUUAAUUCUGCUUUGAAUUUUAUGUUUUGUGUUUACAUGUAUUAUAGCAAGUAUAUGUUUUCUUUGAACCUUUUUUUUUCUUUGAGGCUAAACCUAUCCACGUUUUGGGCGGCUCAACCGAUCCAUGGAUGUGAGUUUUGAAGCCUGAACUUGAUAUGAAUAAUUCUUAUUG